AUGAAGAUGUUAGCUUUUCUUGCUGGUGAACUCACAAAUUCUUCAUAUUAUUUUACCACAUUUGGUACAGCUAAUCAAGAUAAUGCAGCAAACAUGAACUUUUCAUAUGGCGACCAGUGGAAACCAUUUGAUUAUGAAAAAAGGAUUGAAGAUGUUAAAAAGAUUGAAGUCAAGAAAAAUGAAAUUGAGAAGAAAAGUAAAGGAAACAGUCUCACGUACAUAUCCAAAACGUUGCAAUCCAGACAAGAAUUCGAACCACUUGUAGGACAGUAUAUUGACAGAGCGAAAGCUGAACCCCUGCAUUUAAAAAACAAUGUUGUAAAAGAGCAUUUCAUCAAAAUAUUUGCUCUCGUCUAUCCUAUCGGUUCAUUUAAAAUCUUUUCUGAAAUUCCAUGUAAUCAAACAUUCCAGAAGUUUGUUGAAUUUAUUCGCUCUAAAAUGAAUUGUAAUUUCCUUGCAAAGAAGAUUACCACUUGGUUCAACGAGAACAAAAAGAAAGAUCAGUGUAGUUUCACUUAUCGGUUUGGGGGUAAAGAAAGUGUGGCGUUUCUCAAGAAUUUUCCAGAAAUGUGUAUGUCCGUACUACGAGAGCAUGCUUACAAAUUUGGUCUUGGAUGCAAUAGCAUGGAAGGUCGUGAGCAAAAGCAUCAAAUGAUCGCAAAGUAUGCUAAGAACACAACUUUCAAAUGUAGAUGGCCCAGAAUUUUUCGCCACGAAUAUAUUCAAUUGAUACACUUGCGUGAAAAAGGCUACGAUAAAGUUACGUACAAACUCAGAGGUACACAAUACACACCAGACGAAGACAGUGAAAGUUGCAAAAAAUGUGCAUUGAAAUUUGUAGCUAGCGAAGCAAAGUGUAAGUUAUGUGAAAGUUCAUUCAUGUCUAAAAUCUAUGAAGAUUUGAAGUUGUAAUUUUAGUUUUAGUUUUUUGUUUUGUUUUUUAGUUUUUAUUGAUUCUAAGUACAGCUUCAUUUUCAUGUUGAGUGGAUUUCUUUUGUACUUGGGGUACUUUCGCUAUUGGGCAGGAAAAGAAAAGAAAAGAAAACCCCAAAGGUUCCUUGUCUUUAAAAAAAUAUAGUUAAAACGUAUUUAAUUUCGCUGGUAUCAAAUUUUGGUAUUUAUGACUUUGUGUAUUUAACUUCACGAACUUUUUAUUUUGAAUAUUUCCGAAGGGUGAUCAAAUAUUUCAUGUCACAGUUUAUGCACUAUCUUCAAGAAGAUAAAUCGGAUAAAAAUAACCUCAGAGAGAAUUUUUUCUAAUUUUGCGAUCUUCACGUUUUUGAAAUAUUUUUGUAUAUUUAUUUUCACAAAAUAAUUCAACAAUAUCUAAUUUUGUGAAUCUUUUGCAAAAAUAUGUACCACUGAAUGAAAAAUUUAUAUGCGCAAAAUUUAAUACAUUUUAACUAUGACAAAAGACCUUUAUAUACGGUUUUUCUUGUUUUUUGUGUGAGCGAACUUUGGUCAUUUUCGCAAACGUGUUCUAUUUAUUCCUUGAUGUUAUUCAAUGUUAUUCAGAAGAGUAUUCAUUUUUAUGCAUAUGGUAUUCAAGAGUAUUUGUUGUGAUGCGGAUUUUACCUCAAAAUGUUUUAAAAAAUUGCAUCUCUUAGAAAUUUAUUCAUGUUUUUACUGUUAAAUAUUUUUUUAGUACUGAUCGUGGUUAUAUUUCAUUGCGGGAAUUUUUUUCUCGUAUAGUUUUUUUAAAUUCCUAUUGUUAUACUGUAUGAACAUAGAUGGUUGAAAACGUUUUUGGAUUAUAUUUUGUCCGUCAGUAAAGGUAAAGCAAUUUGACAGGCUAAUAAUC